AUGCUCUGGGACCCCGCGCUCCUUCCGACUCGCUGGCGCCAGCACUGGGCUCGGAGCCUGGGGGGUUGCGUGGGGGUGGGGGGCGGCCAGGCCGGAAAAAACCACUUCCCUUCCAAAGCAGAUGCUGAUUGCGCUCUGAGGCUCGACCGGAGCGGGGCCGCUCGGGGCCUCGCAAUUUCCCCCCAGGCGCUGCUGCAGCGAGAGCCGCUCUGGGCUGUGCCCGCCUGGAGCCUGGGCUGCUCGAGAGACACCAAUUCCGCCCCAGAACCCUUUCGUCGUCUCCGUCCUUGGCGGCGGCGGAGCUGCGGGCAGAGGGGGUGUCGGGGGGCGAGGCGGGGGCUCCGGCCGUGCUUCGGGCUGCAGAUGGCGGGGCCGUUCGAGGAGGUGGCCGUCUACUUCUCCCGCCAGGAGUGGGCAGAGCUGGCGGGCUGGCAGCGGCGGCUCUACCGGGAGGUGAUGCUGGACACCUACGGAAUGCUCGCCUCGCUGGGUGAGAUGCCGGGGAUGGGGUGCGGGUGA